AUGCCUCUCGAUACCUCAGCUUACAGCCUCGCGCUGUUGCGCGUCGACGGCCGCAGGUGGAACGAGCUUCGUCGCAUCCAUGCCCAGAUCCGCACCCAGGCCGCCGCCGACGGCUCCAGUUACCUCGAGAUGGGUCACACCAAGGUCAUGUGUGUGGUCAACGGACCCAGCGAGCCCGGUCCUCGGAGGGGAGCCACGUCGGGCGGCGGCGGCGGCGGUGGUCAGUCGAAGAACGCUGAGGUUGCCGUGAACAUUGUGAUUGCUGGGUUUAGCUCUGUUGAUCGCAAGCGGAGGGGUAGAGGUGACAAGCACAUCCUUGAGCUUCAAUCGACGAUAUCCCAAGCACUCGCCGCGUCCCUGCACACGCACCUCUUCCCGCACUCUACCAUCAACAUCUCUCUGCACGUGCUCUCGCAAGACGGCUCUUUGCUUGCCGCUCUCAUCAACGCCGCCACGCUCGCCUGCGUCGACGCGGGUAUUCCCAUGACAGACUACGUCGCGGCCUGCACGGCCGGCUCGACGUCCACAUACGCGGCCAACGACGAGGGAGCGGACCCGCUGCUGGACAUGAACCACCAGGAGGAGCAGGAGCUGCCCGGCCUGACGGUGGCCACGCUGGGCGACAGCGACCGCGUGGCGGUGUUGGUCUGCGAGAGCAGAGUGCAGGUCAGCAGGCUGGAGGGCAUGUUGGCCGUGGGCGUGGACGGGUGUAAGCAGGUCAGGGAGAUUUUGGAUCGAGUGGUGAGGGAGAAGGGGAUAAAGAUGAUACAGGAGGGCACGGUGGAGAGGGGGGUUGGCUUGAAUGAUAUGGAGUUGGAUUGA